UGUAAGGUGGGAAUAAUACAUUGUUGUAGUACAUUGUAUUCAAUAUAUAAAUUAGAUUAGUGAGAAUGCUCUUUUGAAAAUGGCACAUGAAUACCAAAUCACAUGCUUAUGUGUUUUUUGUCUUCACUAUUAAAAUGGAAAGAUUCUUUGUAUUCUUUUUCCAAGUCAGCUUAAGCUUGCUCUUAUUUGGACCCUGCUUUCUUUCCUUCUGCACAAUUUGCUCUGCACAAUUUUCCGUUAUCUCAACCUACCCACUAACUAGGAAUCCAAGAAAAAUAACACAAAAGCAUUACCCUAUAUAUACUCCAUAUCCAUCUUCAUAUAAUUCUCACACUCAACAAAUUUUAAUUUCUUUCAUCUCUAAAUUCAUCAUGCAUUCCAUUGAGCAGAUAUUGAAGCACUCCUCGGUUAGGUCACACGAUUUCUUCAAAAAUUUGAGUUUUAUUUCAAAUAUGCAUUUUAUUUUGGUGGGUUCUUUUACCACUUUUGUUUUUAAUACUACUUUUAAUCCUAUUUUUCAAGAUUACUUUCACUGCACUCUCAUUCUCAUGGGUGUAUUUCACUUUCUUUUUGUUUCUCACUUGAUGGUUGCUAUACUAGAAGGUUUAACCCUUCCAGCAACAUCUGCCCAAAUUUCAGUUUUCAUGGGAACCUUUUUUUUGAUAUCAGUCUCUAUGAUGUCUAUUCUCUCUAUGAAUUUGCUCCUGGUUGUUCUACUAAUUUGGGGUGUAGGUUUCUUUUUAUUCUAUAGGCUAUAUGCACGACAUGUAACACUUUCAAAUGAACAAACUCAGAAUCCAGAACACCACUCUGUUAGAAAACAAAAAUUUUCUAAAAAUCUUAUUUCAAUAUGUUUUCAAAAUGCUGUAGCUCUGGGUUCAUUCGUGCCCCUAAAAAUUCAGCAUACUGAAUUUUUUGAUGAUAAUAUAAAUAUAUUAUGUUUUAUGUUUGUGAUGUUUAAGUUACACUAUGUUUCAACAAUUAUUUUUGAGGUUCAAAAAAGGCAGGUCUCGAAUGGAAUGCUGGAAAUAUCUGUUACAAUGGUAUUGAAUGGUGCAAUAUCAUUUUUUUUAUCAUAUUAUUUAUCUCCUACAUUAUGUGUAGUUAUUUCUAUCAUGGGAGUUGUAUCAGUACUAAUGCCUUUUUUUUUCCAACGAUAUCCAAUAUAUACAUGGCUGAAGAAAAAAUGUUUUGAAUGUUGGUCUUGGUGUCGGGGUCCAUGGUGUAGGGGUCCAUGGUGUACUCGAUGUUGUAGUAGUUGUUGUUGUUGUCGUGGAAGGACUACCGAAAAUCAAACCAUAUCCUCACCACUAGAUGACAUUUCAAGUGGUCAUUCAUCAAUGGGACCACCAAAUUUAAAAUUAAACUAUCGUCAUCAAAGUAAUUCAAAUCUUAGUGAUACUACUCCAUAAAUCCUACAGCUGAUUAACAUGGGAUGCUUGUGUUUACCUUUUCUUUUUGUUGCAAUUUGAUUCUUAGAAUAGAGGUUUAGAACUGAUGUAGUUUUAGGUACUAGACUACGAGUAUGUCAUUAUAUUUUGUUACUAAGUCUCUUGCUUCUGUUUAAGUUUUCUUUUAUUGUCUCAAUGUUAAAGAAAUGUUAUUUCGAAAGCAACUUUAUCUUGGUAUUUUAAAGCAUCCUUUGUAUUUUCACAUGAUGAAUCAUGAUUGUUUAUUAGACUUCUACAAAAAAA